AUGCACUCGCCAAUUUUGCUUGGUAGUCUCUUGACCAUCGGGUCUAUCUUCCGCGCAUGCCAAGCAAUGUCUGUCGGGUAUGUGCUCGAAGCCCGGAACGUCACUGGCGCCUGCAAGGACGUUGCCCAAUUUCGAGAAAACUUUGAAGCCAUCGCAAAAAACAUCCCUAGGUCUGCAGAUGGAAAGGACCUUGUCGUGCGGGUGCCAUCGUCUGGCUGUAGAGUUCUACAUACGGCAAUCUCUGCUCUCGAGUCUCAACGCUUCUCCAACCUUCGUCUUUGGCUGGAUUUUGACAUUCCAACUAUUCAAGAGUCAGGAGAUUCUCGCAACGUGACCGUCAACAAUGAGAUAUUGCGCUUUGUCGUCGAUGAUAUCAGGGUGGAGACAAAAUAUGGCAAAGCAUGCAACCACCUGGCUGGCGUUUCUCUUGAGCACUACGGCAACCUCAACUCUCAGGACAUCGCCCAAGCAUUGAACCAAAUCAGCAUCAGCGCCCCCAUUGGUUUCAAUCCAAACAAACCAGAGGCAUGUCGUGCAACCAAAACAGGAUUCAAGACCUCUGCAGACGCUUGGCUCUCGCAGUACACGGAGCUUGCACGCAAUGUCGAGCACGUUGCAUUUCCCCACGAUGUGUCAUCUGAGGAGACCGGCGUCCGUGAUGCUACUUCCUCGCUAUUGAACACGGUCGACAGGCUGAAGAACGCAUUUCCUUCGUUGCCAAUCGUGGUAGCAGGCACUGGCUGGAGCUCGGUCAAUUCAGCAGCAUCGACGGCCAAUGAACAGCUUUACUGGCAGCAGUUCAAUUGUCCAACAGGGGAGUUUGCAAAAGGAAACAGCGUUGAUACCGUUUACUGGGACUCGAUCAUCGAUGACACCAAGUCGAACGGCUUGCUGAAUCCAAAAGGGAAACCCAAGUUCCUCUUACAAGAGUGUUAG